AUGGGCUGAUCACUCUCAAACUCCGUAUUGCACUGACCCUCAUGCCUAUUCUUAUGGCAUGGUAUCAGUUAGAUAUAUUCGGUAUGAUAUGCGAUUCAUCUGCUAAUAAUCCAAAGAAAAUUGCUUUUGGUUGCUGUUACAACUUAAGAGAGUGUCACAUCAAAAUUGGCGGAACAGCUUUAACCUAUCUAAUUGUUAUCUCUAUUCCUGUUGAUAUGGCUGCAUCUGGAGUCCAAAUGUGACCAUCGCCUUCUGCUUGACUGAGUACAUACGUUUUUCGAUCAGCACUCACUCAUGCAGCAUGCACGUCGUAUCCUAACAAUGAGCUGCACGCCGUCCACUUUCUUGAUCAAAAGUUUGAGCUUCGGGGAAAGAGAAGAGAAGUAUGAGCUAGCUGAAUUGAUCAAUGCCGAUGAGCAUUUUGAAAUAGCCAUGAAAGGCGACUGGGAAACUGUUGUGGAUGCUUAUACCAAUCUCUCCCGCAAAAUCAUUGAGAAUUACAGGGCCAGCAGCGUCAAGUGUGAAACUGCACUGCAUGUGGCUGUAGCCAAUACCCAGGUCAAGCAUGUAUUUGACAUAGUUGCAGGAAUACCCCAAGACGAUGUUCUGGAGAUCCUCAAGAUGAGGAAUGGUCAGGGAAACACACCUCUUCACUUGGCGGCAGCAAUCGGGAACUUGGUUAUGUGUUGGUGCAUAUCUUCCAAAGACAAAAGCCUCAUUGCUGAAAGAAAUAACGAAGAUGAGACUCCGCUUUUCCUUGCUGCCCACCGCGGUCAUGAGAAGGCAUUCUUUUACCUGCAAUACAAUUAUGGCAAGACAAACAUUACUCAGGACAAGACCAUGCUGAUCAACAAAAAGGGGAAUGGCGACACCGUUCUGCACUCUGCCAUCUACGGGGAAGACUACGGGUUUGCACUUCGAAUUAUAGAAUCUUACCCGGAUCUUGUGGGAAGAGAGAACCAAGACAAGUUGACACCUCUACACGUACUGGCACUUCAGCGCCGUUCAUUCAAGAGCAGCGCUGCCGAUCUAGGCCUCUUUGAUCUCAUUUUCUACUAUUGCAUAUUCAUCGGAGAGUACACAUGGGCGGACGAGCAGGACAUAAAAGACUUUGAAGAGAUUAAGCAUGAUGUUCCAAAAUGCCCCCCUAACUACAAGACUUGCGGCAACCUCUACGACAUGCUGAAGCAAAUAUUCACCAUUAUUGGAAAUCCUUGCCGCAGCAAAGCAAGUGGUGUUACAAAUGACGAGGCAAAUUUAGAAGGAGGACAUGGAAGAUUGGUUAAUGAAACGGAGGAAAUGGAGGGGAAUAGACCAUCCACGACAAUCUGCUAUGUACUAAUCCAGAUUUUGAAGUUCAUAGCUUUCGUGCCCCUGCAUUUUCUCGGUUUGGGGAAACUAAAAUCAAUUGCAAACAUGAAGAGAAAGCACAAGUUGGCUGAACGACUUCUUCACAAGCUGCUUGCCGACCCUUCCGCUUACAAACACAAGGACAUAAAGCAUCGUCCCGAUGCAAAAGUAGCUUCGGCAUCAAGCACCUCAGAAGGCACAAGCAAUAAACUUAUGCAAGGGCAACGAAAGAUCGAGCCACAAGCUAAGAAAGAAGAGCAGCAGCAAUUACAAUCCAGCGAACCGUGUAUCCAAGCUGGAGAGACACCAUUACUGACGGCGGCAAAGCUGGGUAUCCAUGAAAUUGUGGAUGCUAUACUCGACAAGUUCCCGAAGGCCAUUGAAGAAGAGGAUUGCCAGAAGAAGAAUGUGGUGCUGUUGGCAGCGGAGAACCGGCAGAGCAGAGUGUACAGGCUCUUAGAGAGUAAGAGGAUGGUGCACGAAAGCGUCUUCCGUCAAGUCGAUGCUGAUGGCAACAGUGCCCUGCACUUGGCUUCUCUGUAUAAUCAAAAUCGACCCUGGUUCAUUCCUGGGCCAGCGCUGCAGAUGAAAUGGGAAAUUACAUGGCAUGAGUACGUUAAAUACUCCAUGCCAUCAAAUGCCUUUGCUUUUCGAAACAAAGAGCGAAAGACUGCAAGAGAGAUUUUCAUCGAAUCGCACGAAAAACUAAAAGAAGAAGGACGGAAGUGGCUCUCUGAUACCAGUACCGCAUACUCGGUGAUCUCAACUCUGAUUGCAACAGUUGCCUUUGCCGCGUCAACGACCGUUCCUGGAGACUACGAUGAGGGGAAACCGGCACUUGAACCGGAGUUCGCAUUCAGUGUCUUCACCAUCUCUUCGCUCAUCGCCCUCUGCACUUCCAUGUCUGCCACGGUCUUCUUCAUCGCCAUUCUCACGGCCCGAUACGAGCUGGAGGACUUUAAUGUAAGACUGCCCAAUCGGCUUCAGUUCGGUUUGACCUUUCUCUUUGCAUCCAUCGCCAGCAUACUGGUCUCUUUCAGCUCGGGAUUCUACUUCAGUGUGAGGAACAAGCUAGAGAACGCUGCAUACCCGAUAUUUGCUGUGAUGUGCUUGCCAGUGACCCUGUUUGCGAUCUCUCAACUCCCUCUGUACAUCGGCCUAAAUAAUGUCAUCUUCUUCAGGCCUAGCAAGAAGCGAAAUCACGAACAUGACACUGAUGCUCAAUAGUUCGAUCUAAGUGAUAUAGUAUUGAUCAAAAAAACAUAUUGACGACUUGUUGCAUUGAGUGUGUGUUGUCUGAUUUGGUGUGAGAGGGUGAAAAUCCUGUCAAUUUUCCCCCUUAUUUCCGUUUAAGAUUUUCACAUUAUCAUUAUUUUAUAAUUUUACAAUCGAAUGUGUGGAGAUGAACGUUUUGCUGUAAUUAAGUCCGCAAGUUUUUCUUGCUUGGGAGCAGUUGGUCACUGAAUACUCGC